AUGUCUGAUGAAUCAAAGGAAUCUGAAGCUGAUGAUCAACUGAAUAGAAGCACUCGUUCAGUUCGUCAACCAAGCCCAGAAACUCUGGCUGAAAUUAGUGUUUUGAACGCUUCCAUUAACGAAGCUGAAGAGUUUGAGUUGACAUUUGAGAUAGUUGACAAUUCGAAGAAGAAGGAUGAUGAUGAUGAUGAAGAUGAUGAUGUGAACGAUGUGAACGAUGUUAACAAAAAUGCAAAGAACGAAGCUGUUGUUGAUGUUUAUGGAUUCGAAGUUGAAGCGGAAGAGGAUGAAGAUGUCGAUAAGGAAAAUCCAAAGAAAGAAGAAGUAAGUGCGAAGCAACUUCCUCAAACUCCUUUAACCAAGAGGAAUGCUGAAAGCAAAAUUCUUUCGGAACAAAGAAAAAGAAAAAUAUUUCUGACAUCAACUCCCAAAACUAAGCGUGUACAUAAAUGA